AGUAGGAGCGUCGUUGCCUGCCUUCACAGCGCGUGCGUGCCUUCGCUGUUUUUAUUCACCUGACCAACAUGGCUGCUGAUGAUUGAAGGAUACCUCGGAUCUCUUGUGAUUUCUUAACUUGAGCAAUAAACAUGCGCUUUUUGACGAUUUCAUUAUAGAAUAUGUGAAUGAACAUCUUUAUGAAGCGAUAAAUUGGGAAGUAGCACUCUAAACCAUGCUGAAGUGGUUUUCCAAUGAAGAUGGUGCUCCUGGCCAGGGAGCGCUCGGCUCCCCCCAGGGUGGUGCUGGUGCUGGAGGAGGAGAAGGAGGCCAGGCAGCCCUGGUGGAGUUGGCGGAGCGGCUGGCCCAGACAGAGCAGCUGGUGUCCCAGCUGAAGGAGCUGAUCCGGGAGAAGGAUGGCUCGCUGCGCACCAAGGACGAGCAGCUCAAGGCAGAGAAAGAGGCGUGCGAGGCCAAGCUGUCCAAGAUGCGUCUCCAGAACAAAGCCAAGGUCACCUCCCUCAGCGCCCAGCUGGAGGAGCUGAAGAAAGGAGGUGGAGCUGGGGGCCAGGGGACUCCCACCCACAGUAAGAAGGGAGGUGCAGAGGGAAGCGAGCAGGCCAGCCGUGGGAAGAUCCUCCUCCUUAGGAAGAAGGUGGAGGAGCUAGAGCAUCAGCUGUCACAGAGAGAUGAGGAACUGGAAGUCAAGUCACGAGAGCUGGAGGACCAGAGGCAGCGUGGGGUGGACAUGGACGCCAUGCUGGUGGAGCGAAACAGGAAGCUGUCAGAGAAGGAGGCCUACAUAGUCCACCUGCAGAUGGGCAUGGCCACCGGAGAGCAGACGGCCACGCCUACAGCCCAACCCGACACGGAGCACAGGGCGUUGCCGGAGGAGAGCGGAGCGGGCUCCCUGGCAGAGCUGCAGCUGCUGGUCCUAAGUCUGACCAGGAAGGUGGGAGAGGGUGAUGAACGUUACAGCCUGCUGCAGGAGCAGACUGAGAGCCUCAAGGAGCUCCUAGUCACAGAGAAGGCUGCCUUCGAGGACAAGGAGAACAUGUACAAGCAAAACAUCCAGACGUUUAAAGACAUCAUUCUGCAGAAAGACAACAAGCUAACGGAGGUCAACCAGAUGCAUGAACAGGAGCUCUUCAAGUUGGCCGCCAAGUCUGACGCCAGCGCUGAUCUGGAACAGCUCUUGAAGGCUCUGAAACAGAAACUACAUGAGAAGGAGGUGGUGCUGCAGGGUAAAAACCAGGUGAUUGAUGUCCUCCAGGGGGAGGUGGACUCCAGAGACCAGCAGAUCAAGGACCUGGUGGAGCGGGCGCGGCGGCUGCAGCUGGAGCGCGAGAGCCUCGGGUCCAAGAUGGAGGCUGAGAAGCACGUGAUGCGGGCUCAGCUGCGUGACCUCUUGGAGAAGCAUCAGGGCGAGCUGCGCCGUGCCACCGAGUGCCACGAGGCCCAGCUGGCUGAGCGGGAGCAGGCACUUCGCGGGCAGCUACAGGAGGAGCUGGGAAGGACCCCUGUCUCCGAGCUUCAGACCCAGACGCAAGCAGGGAGCAGCAGGGAUUCUCCAGCCAUGGCCCAGAGGAUGAACGAGCUGGAAGCACAAGCCAAGCUGAAAUUUGAGGAGGCAAGUAAAUCGGAAGCCAAGUUCCUAAAGAUGAAAGCCUGGUCAAAGUCUCGUAUUCGACAGCUGGAGGACGAGCUGAGGAAAAGCCAGUCUGGCAGAGUGGUCCCUGACGUGACGUCCCUGCGUAGCCGCAUCACGGAUCUGGAGGAGGAGCGGGAGGAGACGCUGUGGAAGCUGGAGCAGUACGACGAGAUCAAGGCCAAGAACGAUGUACUGGAGGCCAAGCUGGUGGUGUACGAGGAGCAGCAGAGGAAGAUGGCCUCCGACCUGGAGCAGGUCACCAAGAGAGCCGCCUCUCAGGCCAGCGAGUCAGGUAGCGCCGACGACGCCCAGAGCCAGGUGCUGGACUGGCAGGAGAUGGUGUCGGAGGCGGUGACGGCCAGGGACCGUGCCCGUGAGGAGAAGGCCACCAUGGCCCUGCGCAUGAGCCACAUGGAGGAGGAGAGAGAGGCGCUGGCCAGCCGGCAGCAGGAGUUGGAGGAGGAGCUGGUGCAGGCCCGGGGUCUCACAGGGCCACAUAGGAGCGGCAAGAAAAUGGGAGGCACCGCCCACCAACACAGCCUGCAGGAGGACUUUGAGUUUGAUGGCAAGCAGGCGUUCCACCAGGACCCACACAGUGGCGUAUCUGAGAGCACCACCCCGAUGGAGGAGGAGGGGGAGAACAUGGGAGGUUGGUGGCCUGAGUACACUUCCCCCAACACAGGUGGCCUGCGGUCGGUAGUGGAGGAGUUGGAGCUGGAGAGGAACCAGCUGCAGGAACAGAUCCUAGGACUGGAGGACCGCUGUCAGGACCUUGAGGACCGGCUGCAGCUGCAGGCUCGCAUCGAGUCCCUACAGAACGAGUCAGAGAGACUACAGGGUCAACUGGUCAGCCUUCGGAGCCAGCAGAGCAGGGAUGCAGAGAAACACCAUCUCCUGGUCACCAGCCUCAACGAGCAGCUCAAAGGACUGAGCGACACCCAAGAGUGUCUCGAAACCUCUCUUAUAGAGAAGGAGAACACAUUAGUCAAGACCUCUGAGAAACUGGAGCUCAUCGACAGCCUCCGAGAUUCUUUAAAGGAAAAGGAGGCGCAGCACAAAGAGGUCUCCGACAAGCUGCUUCAAUCUGAGAACAAUCUCACUGAAGUCUCCACAAAAUGCAGUACCUUUGAAAAACAGUGUUCAGAACUGAAGACAGCGGUUGCAGAUCUCACACAUAAGCUGAGUGUGCUUAAAGAGAAGACACAGAAACAAGAGGCCACAAUAAAGACUCUUAAAAAUGACCUGGAUCAGACAAACGAUGAACUGGACAAGUUGAACACCACCCAUCUGGAAGAAAGGUCUCAGCUGAUCCACAACCUUCAAAGCUGUGAACGGGAGAUUGAUAACCUCAGAGACGUCCUCUCAGACAAGGACAAGGAGAUCUUAGCCCUCUCGGGCAACAUGGCGGAGUACGCUGAACAGAUCAUGGGGCUGAAGCAGGAGAUCAAGCACAAGGACGAGGACCUGGUUCGCAUCGAGACCGCCCUCACCAAAUCGGAGCGUGAGGCACAGAUCAUCAGAGACUCUCAGAACUCAGACCAGCAGGCUCUGAACACCAGGACGGCAGAGCUGGUGGAACAGCUGAAGGAUGCAGAGACUGAGCUGAGCAAAGCCAAAGAGGAGAAGGAGUCGAGGACAGUAGAGGUGGAGGAGCUGAGGAAGCAAGUGGAAGAGGACAAGCGGACCAUCCUGGAACUUCGAGGGGAGAUCCAGCAGCACAAUGUGGGCCAUCGUAAUCAUCUCUUGGAGUGCGAAACUCAGAUCUCUUCACUGAAGGAGAAUGUGACUGUUGCUUCCCAGAAACUACAGGAGUCCGAGGGUCUCAUCUCUCAGUUGAGGGAAGCAAGUACAUCCAGCAAGACACUGAAAGACCAGCUUCAGGACAAGGAGCAGACGUAUGAGAAAGAACUCAAAUCAGUCGAGGAGGAACGGAACAAGCUUCGCGCAGAGGUGUCCAAACACAACGAUGACCUUAAGACCCUGUCCAACCAGCUAGAGAAGCAGACAGAGUGUCAGGUACAGUUGAAAAAAGAGGUGCAAGAAAAACUGGAGACAAUAUCCUCUCUUGAGGAAAAACUCAGGGCCAUCCAGGAAGAGGCCGAAGUAGAGCAACAGAAAUUUAACACAGAACUGCAAGUCAGAGAUUCUGAAAAGGAGAAGUUGACGAAAGACCUGCAGGUUAAAUUGGAAAAUAUCUCAAAUAUGAAGAAGCUCUUGAAAAACUUGAAGACUGAAAAACAACAACUGCAAGCUGACCUGAAGGAGAAGGCAGAUGAACUUAAGUCUCAAAAGCAGCUUGUAGAUGAGCUUAAUAAAGAAUCUACGGCAGCUCUUGAACUUAACAGCAGUUUGAACUCUCAAGCAAAUGGCCUCAGAGAGGAGAAUCAGAGAUUGCAACAGGAUGUAGCUGGAAAGCAGAAAUCCAUUUCAGAGAUGACAGAUGAAAGGGAUUCUCUGAGAAGCAAAGUCUCCAACUUCGAAACACAGCAUUCAGAAAACAGCAAAGUCAUUGAAGGGCUUCUGAAAGACAAGGAGGAGCUGAGUGUUAGAGCCAAUGAACUGAACAAGGCCCUGGAGCAAAAUAUACAGUCAAUUUCCGAUAGUCUAUUUGAGAAAACAAAUGAAUGUAGUCUUCUAACUAAAACACUCAGGGAAAAGGAGGAGACAGUUGCACGUUUACAGGUGCAAAUUGACAGUUUGAACACUCAGGUGGAGCAGUUCCAUCACAACAUUGCUGAAAAAGAGAAGUCUGUCACUGAUCAAAACUCACAAGUAGAGGCACAGCAGAGCCAGCUGUCGCAACUCCAGGAAACAAUGUAUUUACUGCAGGAGCAGGUAACUGCCCUGAAAACUGGGCUCACGGAGAAAGACACCGUAUUGCAGCAGAAAUCAGAUGAGUGUAGCUCUUUACAGAAUAAACUUGGGCAGCAGAAAAAGCUUCUAUCUAAGUUACAGGGUGAGACUAAAUCACUUGAAGGGCAAUGCUCACAACUGACUCAGCGUCUGGAAGAAAAAGAAGAGACCUUCAGACAAAUGACACAGGACUGUGAAAACCACAAAGACGAGCUGAACCAGAGGAACGAGUCAUUGAAGUCACUAAGCAGUCAGCUUGGUGUCAUGAACGAGAGCAGUGUGAAGUUGGAGUCUGAAAAUACAGAGCUGAAAACCACUCUGGAGAACCAUGAAGCAGAAAACAACAAGCUGAGGCAUGAGAUGGAACAGAGGCAAGCUGAGGUGGUUGGCCUCCACAGUCACAUCCAGGCACUGAGUGAGCAAAACCAACAACUCCGAGCUGCUUAUGAGAUCAGAGAUAAGGAACUUGCCCAGCAAAUGCAGGUUGCAUCUGAGCUUGAUAUAAGGGUAAAUGUGACUCUUGAGCAGAACACAAACCUGUGCUCACAACUGAACAGUCUGACAGAGGAGAAGCAGAUAGUGCAACAGGAAUUAGCUGUACAGUCGGAGUCCAUUUCUGAAUUAACCAAGGAGAAGAACUUACUUCUAGAUAAACUUUCCAAUUUUGAAAUGCAACAUUCAGAAAACUGCAAAAUUAUUGACGGGCUACUGAAAGACAAAAAGGAGCUCAGUGUAGCAGUAGAGGAACUAAACAAGGUCCUAGAGCAAAACAAACAGACCAUUUCAGAGAGUUUGCUGGACAAAACAAAUAAAUGUACUAAUCUCACCAAAUUGCUUAGAGGGAGUGAAGAGGCACUUGAACAUUCACAAGACCAAGUUGACAGCUUGAUCACCCAACUUGAUCAACUGAACAACAACAUGACCGAAAAAGAGAAGACUAUCAGAAAUCAAAACUCACAAUUAGAGGCCCAGCAGAGAGAGUUGUCGCAACUCCAGGAGACAUUGGCUCUAUUACAGGAGCAGGGGACUGCACUGAAAUCUGGGCUCACAGAGAAAGACACCCUGUUGCAGCAGAAAGCAGAGGAGUGGAGCUCUUUACAGAGUAAACUUAAUCAACUGCAGGGCGAGACUAAAUCACUUGAAGGGCAAUGCUCACAACUGACUCAGCGUUUGGAAGAAAAAGAAGAGACCUUCAGACAAAUGACACAGGACUGUGAAAACCACAAAGACGAGCUGAACCAGAGGAACGAGUCAUUGAAGUCACUAAGCAGUCAGCUUGGUGUCAUAAACGAGAGCAGUGCGAAGUUGGAGUCUGAAAAUACAGAGCUGAAAACCACUCUGGAGAACCAUGAAGCAGAAAACAACAAGCUAAGGGAAGAGAUGGAACAGAGGCAAACUGAGAUAUUAGAUCUUAGGGACAACAUCCAAGCAUUGAAUGAACAGAAUGUCAGACUAAAAACCGAACUCAAAAACUCUGUCACAGAGGCAUCCAAGAAACUUGAGGAGAUUUCAGUUCUCAAGGCAGAGAUCUCUAACAGGGACAGUUAUGUGUCUAAUUUAACAAAGCAACUGACAGCAGCCUGCUCGGACAGGGAUAGCUUAGGUUUGAAUUUGCAGCAGAGAGGUGAGUCCCUAAAUCAGCAGGAGAUGUUUAUUAAGCAGUUACAAGCUAAGUCAGUAGAGGGUGAGGGUCAGAUGAGCCAGGCCAUAACUGAGCUGCAGACACAAGCUCAGAGUCUUCAGAAAAGCCUUCAAGACAAAGAUGUUUCGCUGCAUGAGGCGGAGAAACGGCUGAGUCUGCUCAGAGAGAAGUUCACCUUAGAAUCUGAGGAUUUCAAAACCCAGCUGAAUUCAAAUGCGGAAACAAUGAAACAGCUUCAGGGUGAUCUGCGUAAUGCGGUGGAACAGAGUAACCAGCUCAGUGGGAGGCUUGAAGAACAAGAGGCACAGCUUAAGCAGAAAGUUGAUGAUUAUGUGAGUUUAAGGACAUAUGUUUCAGAGCUGGAGGAUUCCACCACACAGCUCAGAGGUCAAGUUGACAGCCUGACCUCUGAGUCAUCCCUGUUAAAAGAGACCCUGAAAGAGAAAGUCAAGUUCAUCCUUGAGGCCCAGAGCACCUCCUCAGCUGUUAGCGAAAGCCUAAAUUCAAAACUCAAAACCAAAGAUACAGAAUGUGAGAGCUUAAAAGAGCAGCUUUCGCACCUCCAAGAGUCUGUUUUAAAGCUCAAUACCAAAGAUGCAGAAUGUGAGAGCUUAAAAGAGCAGCUUUCACACCUCCAAGAGUCUGUUUCAAAGCUCAAUAGUAGCCUCAGUGCCCAGUCCUCUGAAGUGGCACGACUUCAACAAGCCUUAGAGGAAAGAGGGACUGCCGUUAUGGACCAGUCAAAGGCCCUUCAGGAGCUGCAGAGAAGGGCAGAUGAAGCAGCCCUCUUCAAAACCCAGUUCAUGGAGAGCACAGAGUUGGUGUCACAACUGCAGGGUCAGAUUCAGGAACUCUCCACUAAGUCUGCAAGCCUCAGCCAGUCAGCAGAGGAGAACCAAAGUGCCUUUGUAAAUCUUCAGGAGAAGUAUGCUGCUCAUUUAGAGGAGCUCCAGGAAGCUCGGACGAUGCUUUCUCAAAGGGCCGAGGAGAUGUCCAGUCUUAACAAGGCCCUCAGUGACAGCAACGGCGCAGUUCAGGCAGCAGAAAACACCAUAGAGGUGCUGAGGAAUGAGUCUUCCUUGCUACGUCAAGACCUUUGGCAAAUCCAAACACUGAAUGUUGACCUUUCAAAACAAAAGGAAGAUGCCCUUGCUACCCAUCAAAGGAGCACCUCAACAUUCACUGUCGAAAUUGAGAGACUAAAAUCUCAGUAUUUGCAUGUGGCUGCUCAGGUAAAUGCACUGACAGAAAACCUUGAGCAGAGAGAGAUGUCUCUUCAUGCCAUUAACAGUCAGUACACAGCCCAGGUGAAACAGGCAGAGCACGUAGUGUCAGAAAUGCAGAAACUAGAAGAGCAAAAUAAGAAGCUAAGAGAGGAGAUCGCACUGUCAAAGCAAGAAAAUCAACAGCGGCUGGAUGCAGCAAUCAGUGAAAAAGAACAUCUGCAGCAAGAAGUUCAGAAACUCAUAAUUGAGAGAGAUGAACAUGGCAAGAGGUACAGCAGCCAGAUACAAACAAUGCAGGAGCAGUUGCAUCUCCAAAAGCAGCAGCAAUCCAGCAGCAUGAAUGAAGUCAUGGAGAAAAUGGGGGCUGAGAAGGAAAGACUACAGGUUGAGGAGACGAGACAGAGGGUGGAUGAGCUGCAGAGCGCCUUGCAGCAGGCACAGGCCUUCAAACUGCAGACUGAAACAGAAGUCAGCGGGUACCAGGCAGAGCUGGCUGAACUGAGGUCUGAGAGUAGCAGGCUGCAGUCUGAGUGCCAGCGCCUGGCUGGGGAGAGGAAGGAGACCAUGGCCCUGGUGGGGAAGGAUGUGUCUGAUGACCCGUCACUGACCCAGCUCCAGGCAGAGAGAACUCAGCUGCAGAGUCACCUGCAGCGCUGCCUCUAUGAGAUCCAGCAGAGAGAUCUGCACUGCCAGCAGCUCAACGCCAAGCUGCAGCAGGUGGUGGAGGAGAAAGGGGGUGUGUCGGCCCAGCUGAGGGCAGUGUCUCAGACGCUGAGAGACACCCAGAACCGCUGCUAUUGGCUGGAGAACCAGGCCCUGCCUAACCAGCACCAGCAGGGCCUUGCAAAGCAGGGGGCGGUGUCUGUAGAAGUGGCUCCGGGAGCUCCCCAGGAGAGGAGCAGUGCUGUGGUAGACAUGGAAGCAAUGGAGGCCGGCGAGCUCAGGACCAGGCUGGUGGAGGUGGAGCAGAGCGUGGUUCAGCUAAGUGAGAGUCUGGCUGAGGAGAGGACCAGGAGGGAAGCAGCCGAGGAAGCUCUGGGACUGGCUGAGGACAGAGCCAAGAGUGUUGACUCCAGUCCAUCCAGGACGACCCAGAGAGACUUCAGCAUCCAGCUGGAUACAGAGGAGGAGUGGGAGGCCCUCAUCCUCAACCCCAACGAACCCCUGGUCACACGCAAGGUGAAAGGCGGGAUGCUGGCCUGCAGGCGCUGGCUUCGGGGCCGGAGCCUGUACUGCUCCAAGCUGCUGACAUCACGGGCCCGCUCGCGCUACCUCUUCCUUGGCUACCUGCUGAUUCUGCAUGUGGCUGUCCUCAUGUGCCUCACCGGCGCCCUCUAGUGCCGUGGGGGUGAAAACAAUCACAAAUUGCAGAUAGAAAUAUAAUGUACAGAGCAGACUGA